CUGGAUGCUCUCUCGGGACUUGGCCCUCUGCAGUCGCUCCGGCCAAAGCCUCCGUGACCGGCUCCCCCCGCUUUGCCCAUUCUGGUUUUUAUUUUCCGUGGUGUGCGUCAUACAGCCAUUGUGUGUACUUAAAAUUAGUUACAGCAUGACUGCCGAGGGCUCCCUUCCUGGAUGCCAUCCGGAUGCUGAACACCCUCCAGACCAACGCCAAUUACCUGGAGCAAGUGAAGCGGGAGCGAGGAGACCCCCAGGUGCAGCUGGAGGCCAUGAAAGGCUUCUUGGAGCGAAGUGGGUUAAAGGUCGAAGACCUAGAUCAACUGAACAUUAUCCAUGUGACUGGGACAAAGGGCAAGGGCUCAACGUGUGCCUUCACAGAGCGCAUCCUCCGCAACUACGGCCUGAAGACCGGCUUCUACAGCUCUCCCCACCUGGUCCAGGUACGUGAGAGGAUCCGCAUCAACGGGCAGCCAAUCAGCAAGGAGCUCUUCAGCAAGUACUUCUGGCAAGUGUAUAACCGGCUGGAGGAGACCAAGGACCCCGGCCACACCAGCAUGCCUGCCUACUUUCGCUUCCUCACCAUCAUGGCCUUCCACGUCUUCCUGCAGGAGAAGGUGGAUCUGGCUGUGGUGGAAGUUGGCAUCGGGGGUGCCUAUGACUGCACCAACAUCAUCAGGAAGCCCAUUGUGUGUGGGGUCUCCUCGCUGGGGAUCGACCACACCAGCAUCUUGGGGGACACCAUUGAAAAAAUCGCCUGGCAGAAAGGGGGCAUCUUCAAGCCUGGGGUGCCUGCGUUCACGGUGCUGCAGCCGGAGCGGCCCCUGGAGGUGCUGAGGGAGCGAGCCAAGCAGAGCCCGUGCCCACUUUACCUGUGCCCCGACUUGGAUGCCUUUGAAGAGGUCGCUAAGGCUCUGCAGCUGGGGCUGGCGGGUGAACACCAGCGAUCGAAUGCCACUCUGGCCCUGCAGCUCUCGCGGGCCUGGCUGCAGCAGCAGGGCUAUCAGGGUACUGAGGAGCUGAAGGAUUUGCAGCCAGGUGCUGAGCUACUGCGCAAGAGAUCUGUGCCCCUGGCACCUGUGUUCAGGCCCAGUGGCUCUAUGGUGCAAGGUUUGCAGGACACGGAGUGGCUGGGCCGCACGCAGGUGCUGCAGCACGGGGCGGUGACGUGGUACAUCGACGGGGCUCACACCACCAGCAGCGUGCAGGCCUGCGUGCGCUGGUUCCGCCAGGCAGCCCUCAACAAGGAGAAGCCGGUGGAUGGCUCCGAGGUCCGGGUGCUUCUCUUCAACGCCACAGGAGACCGGGACGCGGCUGCUCUGCUCAAGCUGCUGCUGCCUUGCCAGUUCGACUACGCUGUCUUCUGCCCCAACUUCACGGAGGUGUCUGCGGUGGGCAACGCGGACCAACAGAACUUCAACGUCACCCUGGAGAACGUGCUGACCCGCUGCCUGGAGAACCAGAAGCAGUGGAACGGGCUGAUGGAGGAGAAAGUGGGGCAGGACCCCUGGCUGUCGCACCCCAUGCAGGUGGAGGGGGUGGGCAGGCUGCUGAAGCCUGACCCUCUGCGCAGCCCCCUGCUCUUCGUGCCCACCGCCGAGCGCCCUCUCAACUCCAACUCGCUGGUCUUCCCCUGUAUCUCCCACGCCCUGCAGUGGAUCACCCAGGGGAGGGACCCGCACUUCCAGGCACCUGCCACCAAGGGGCUCCACCUACACCCCGUGGCUGGGAGUGGCGCCGUCUUGCUCCAGGAAGCAGCUGCCAUCCGCGUGCUGGUCACGGGAAGCCUGCACUUGGUGGGCGGAGUCUUGAAGCUGCUUGACCAAUCACUCUCGCAGUAGCGGGUGCCAGUGGGUGGGCCCUGCCUUUUACUUGAAUAUUCCUGGACACCUUCUGCCAGCUGUUCCGAGCUGGUGUCCCCUGAGCUGGGCUGCUGCUGGCCUGGGGGCUGGGCACUGCAUGUGCUGCUGGAUUCUCAUGCUGAGCCCUUUUCAGCGGGUGCAUCCACCCUAAGGACUGUGCUGAGCCUUUGUGGCAGUGUCAUCUGGGCCCUGGUCUCGCGUUCAGCCUCUCGUUACUGGCAGGACUUGGGCUUGGCCUCUUCAACUUGCCAGGCCCCUUGCAGCAGCCAGAGGCUCCCUGGCCUGGCUGUUGGGCAGCUCCCCUGCAGGCCUGGCGUGAAGUCUCCCGGCUGAUCUCAGCCCAUGGGGCUGGCUGCGCUCUACAUUUACUUGAUGUUUCAUGGCACUGUCCCCUGGGAGCUCCGCUUGGGUGGGCUCAGCCUGGCCUGUGCUGUCCUGCCUGUCUGUGCUCUGGGCCCUGCGGAGGGCCGAGGCAGGCGCCAGGUUUUCAGGCAGUUCCUCUGCUGUGGUCAGGCCUUCCUCUACUUGGCAGAUGCCCACACGCGAUCAGUCUCCCCUGGCUGGUGCUGGGCCUUUGUUGGGAGCUGCCCCAGCCACCUUGCAGAAAUGAGCCUGUCUGGGAAAUCUACCCCUGCCCUGGUGCCUUUUUCUCCUCCUGGUGUCUGUGAGUGGGGCAUGAUCCAAGACUGGGCUCGCCCUGGGGGGUGGCCACAGCCAAGACCUGCCACCUGCCCAUAGCAUCGGUUCUGGCUGGGUGCUCGGCAGAGGCUGUUGGUGCUGGGGUGUCCGGCUUGGGGUCCCAAGGAACAGCCUGUGAGCGGUGCGGCUGGAGCUGCGACCUGAGCUCUUUCCCACCCAUUGGAGCAGGGUGUGUUGAUGCUGCCCAGGGGCGAGAGCCAUGCACUGUGGUGCCAAGGACUGUGCUCUUAGUGGCCUACUACUGUGAACGUCUCCUGGGUGCCCCUGGCAGUGGGUCCGUGCGCACUAGUGUCAGCGUAGUGUAGGUCUGUCUGCAUGGGGGCCGAGACUCCGCUCUCCUGGCAAUCUCCCCACCCCUGUCCUGGACUGCGGCAAGUGAGGGGGCGAUCACCCCUCCCCCAACCUGGGCUGUUGGCAGGCAGGUGCAGGCUGGGCCCCUCUGCUGGCCUGUGUCUGGUGAGCAAGGGGCUGGGCUCAGGCCCUAGCAGCUGGGCUGCGUUCUGGGCCUUAGGCAGUUCUCACUGGGCUUGCACUGAUGCUGGCCUGGUUGCUUUGAGCAGCGGCUUCACCCCCAGCAGCGGCCAGGCAAGCGUUGAAUGCUGGGGACCAGGCUGAGCUGUGAGGGGCCUGUGCCCAGCAGCGACUUCGGAGAGCCAAGUCCCUCUGGCGCAAGGGGUGUGGAAACAGGCUCCAGGAGCUGCCUGCGGUUGCAGCUUUGCCAGCAUCUUUUGCUGCUGUCUGGGGGGUAUGCUCCGUGCAGAGACCCCAACAGCUGCCCUAGGCCAGGCAGCAAGCUACCCACCCCUGCUCGGACACCCAGCCUGCCUGGGGCAGCCAUGUAGCGCUGACUGCUGCUUGCGUGCAGGGCAGCCUUUGCCAGGGGAGCUUUGGAGGCCUGUGAGUGGAGCUCUGUGUCCCCCAGCAUGUCAGUGCCCUUCCCAGCGUGGGCGGGCUGCGUAAGGAGGCCCCGUCGGGCAGCAUGACACUGAUGUUGUGGAGUGGCUGGGCCGUGCGCUGCAUUGUGCGCACCCCUUGCAUUUGCCUCACUAGUUACUCCUGUGUGCCUUGCUGCUGCUGCCCAGACCAUGGGAGAACUUAGCUGCGUUCAGCCCAGAAGGUAGGGAGGGCAGAGCUACUGGCUCAGCCCUUUAUGUGCUGGCAGAUGUCUCCCCCCGCCCCCUCCUGGCUGUUGCUGGGUUCACUGAAGGCAGCCUUGGGUGUGACCCAGCUGCACUUGGGGGGAGGGGCGGUGUCUGAUGCCCUAACCCAUCCCCAGUGAGUCAUGGGGGACCGACCUGGGCAAAUCUCAAACUGCUGCAAGCUUGGGCCCUAGCAUGUCCCCCUCUCAUCCAACUAACGGACUUGGGCCCAGCCUCUCUGUGUUGGGGUGUGUAUGUCUGGGUGACAGAUUAAUGCUGCUGCAGCCUGAUCCACGUACCUCCUGGGCAACUGGUGUAGCAACAAACUACUGACAGGCGGGGCCUGGCCUGCGGCCUCUGGCAGCAGAGGUGGGGUGAGAAGCCCUGGCUUGGCCACGGAGCUGGGCUUUGGCAAGGUAGCAGGAAGACCGAGGAUCAUUGGAGCCAAGUUGCUGGUGCCCUAGUGUGGCCUGUAAGUGGCGCAGGUUGUCCCCCCCAGCAGGGAGAUGGGGCCGAGCUGCCUACGUUUGCACAGACGGCCAAUGCACCCGUGUUGUGCUGCCCAGGGCUGGGUGCCCCGUACUUGGGAGAUGGCGACUGACAGGCUCUGAGGCAGGAUGCAGCUGUCUGCACAGCUAGGGAGCAGGGUCUGUUUGCCCUGCAAUUGGGGGUGUUAGUGCAGUGUGGCCAGGCAGCCCUGCGUUAACACAAGCACCAGUCACAGUGAAGCUGGGGCUGUGGGACCUAGUCCUACACGGGUGCCAGGCUCUGGGGCACCUUGAUGCAGCUUCUUUGCUCUUGGAGCAGGCUCCACCCUGGCCUGGGGAACGUCUGCCCUUGUACCUCACGGCAGCCUGCAGGUUCUGGGGCCCACGUGAAGGCAGGUUGGAAGGGGCUCCCUGUGCCUGCUGCUCCGAGGCGAGAUGUUACCGAGUCUCUCGUAUUUAACUCAGAAGAGGUUUUUAUUAAAACUUCUGUAACUUAAAAACAAGUGGAUUAAAUUUCCAGAUUUCUUUC